ACCAUAAAACAUGUAAUGCAUUGAGAAUGCAUGAAGAGGGGUGCCCACGUGGGUAUGACAAGAGGGCGUGACGGUGCGGGCUGCCGUCGUCGUUCACGUGUGCAGAACUAAUUUACCAGUCUCCGCCUGACCAAUCAGGGCGUAUGUUUGUUGCAUGUUGGAAUUUUUUUUCUUUAAUAGGUCCAUGGGAUUACCACUUCGAUUUAUAAUAAGGAAGAUGGAACUAACCGCAUUCUGCUACUCAGAUGAACUUCAAACCGUACUUUCCUUGUUGCCGUUUAGUUCAAAACUGCGUGCUGCAUAUGGCAUUAACAAGAACCUGAGCGGAUGAACUAUUAAUCAGACAAGUGUCCUCCUCAUCUCUCAUUCCAGGUCUGGGGUUGGAAGACGGGUCUUCUUGACAUAUCACUCAUUCUCAGUUCUCCUGGUCGGGCGGCUUGGUGAGGAUUCUCUGGCCCUGCAGGGUACCAUGGCGUUGACACCAAUUUCAGACCAUUUGCCCCCAGCUCUGUUGGAAGCCUGUGUGGUCCUAGGAGCCUCGCACGACAGGCUGAAGGAGCUCUACCAGUCAAGACCGCUGGGCAAGGAUUGUAAUGGGACUCCAGAGCUCUCCCUGCUGGAGCCGGAGGUACUACACAUUGUGGCGCCUCUGCUCUUAAGCAACAGCCCUGCUCAGUGUGAGGCGGUGAGUUCACAAGGGCGACGCAGACGCCCAUUCAACAUGAAGAAGAAAGAACGUCCACCAUCAGCAGCAGCAGCGUCCUCUUGCUCAGUCCAGGGUAUUCCUGGUGAGAAAAGGAACAACACAAGUGGAGACAUCAGCGUUCCUAAAGAUAUUGACCUGAAGGCUCUGCCUCAUCUCUGUUUUCCUGACGGGCUUCAAGUAACCAAUGAGCUGAAAGAAGAGCGAUUCCACUUCCUGGUGUUCACUGAUGUGUUUGGCAACCGGACCCAUGGAGUGGUGAUGCAGUAUUACAGACUCAUAAUGGAAGGGACUCCUAUCUACCAGAACGGUCAUGGCUCCUUUCACUCCACCAGACUUUACUCUGCCUAUGGUUUCUGUGUGAUAUCCAAGUACCCUUACUACUCUGCGCUGAAGGACUGUAUGUCAUGUCUCCUAGUCCAGCUGAGGACCUCUCGUUUGUCCGAUAUGGAGGAGAGGGUGAAGGAGUUCACUGCCAGGCUGGCUCUGGUUCCCGUCCCACCGCCCGGGCCGCUACAUGUGAUGUUCUCCCUGCCUCCUCUCAACAUAGUUCUACCGGCCAGAGAAGAUGAGGACUGCCCACCCGUAGACCUAGACCUCCAGAUAUCACUGCUCUGCUUCAGACCCCAGCAGCUCCUUCAGGUGCUGUCCUCUCUCCUCCAGGAACAGAGGGUCGUGUUGUUUUCUGCUGAUUGGGCCCAACUCACUCUGGUGGCCGAGAGUCUACUGCUGUUUCUAAAGCCCAUGUCAUGGCAGCAUCCCUAUGUUCCUGUCCUGGCCAGUGGGAUGCUGGACUUCCUCAUGGCUCCUACUGCCUUCCUUAUGGGCUGUCACAGCAGCCAUUAUAAAGACGUCGCUGCUGAAACGGAUGACUUGAUCCUCAUCCACAUCGAUGCGGGUACUGUAUCCAGGUCUCAAUGUGACACCGUUGGUCUGCCAGAGAUCCCCAUUGCUGCGGCAGACUGCUUCACGCAAAGGUGUAUGUCCCUGCAGCUGCACUUCCAGCUGUUUCAGUGCCAGCGAUCCAGCUGCUCAGACAUCAAUGAGCAGAGGGCACAGAAGAGGGCGUGGCAGAGAAGCCUCAACAUGGACAUCCAAAAGAUCAUGCUGGAACUCAUGGUCAACAUUUUCAGGGACGUGAGCAGCCAUCUGAACUUUGAACACAGAGUGUUUAACAGUGAAGAGUUCCUCAAGACCCGAGAGCCGCCUGAAAUGCUUUUCUACAAAAUGGUUUUGGAGACCCACGUAUUUCAUUUUUUUCUGAAAGAUCGCCUUAACAGAAAGAUGGACUCUUUUGCUCGCAUGGAGCUCCACACACGCUCAGAGAUGCAGAAGUUAAAGUGCAUGGUGGUGAACCCUCGCAGGCCCACCAUGCAGGAGAUCCAGGCCCGCAGGACCGGCUGCCACCCUGAAGCCAUGCUUAACAAGAGGCUCGGCAUGAGCCUUCCAAACCUGGGGGACCACCCACAGGUCACUCGCCAGACACUCACUAAGAUCCUUAUAUAUGACCCGAUUUUGCAGAGUCCUCUGAAAUGCAUGAGGGUCUUUAAGCUGCCAGAGCUCCCUGCCUCCCUGUCACUCCUCUCCAUCCAGAGGUUCUACAAUGAGUUGAUCCUGCAGCUUGGCAAGGCCAUCUUCUGUGUCCCGCCCGAGAACUCUGCACUGCUGGCCAGGUUCUGUUACCUACGUGGUCUCAUCAACACCUUGUGUUCCCGCCGCCUGGAGGCUCUGAGGGACUUCCAGAACCUGUAUAAGACGGACACGUCCCUCUUCCCCACCCAGCUGGUGGCCUGGCUGGUGGACUCGCUACUCCUGGAGGAGAGGCAGCUGGCCGAGCGCCGGCCCGAGCUCAAGAGACUUUUCCUCAAGGUGAAGACCGACAACGAGCGAGUUUCCAUCCAGCCUGACGACCACGUCAAGAAGUUUGAGCUCCCAAGGUGCUGCCUGGCGCGGGAGGCCUUUGUGCGCUGCGUCCAGGAGUCUGGAAUAGUGAAGGACGGGCCCACCAUCCAACGUCUGUUUGACGCUCUCACUGACCACGUCGAUGAGAAGCAGGUGGACCCCACCCUCUUCAAGGAUGUCUACACCUUCUGGAAGGAGGCUGAGGCGCAGGACGUGGACCUGCCCCCCGAGGUCGUGGACCGCCUGGACAAUAACGAGUGUGUCUACAAGUUGUCGUCCUGCGUCAAGACCUCCCAUGGGGUUGGGAAGAUCGCCAUGACCCAGAAACGCCUCUUCUUGCUCCAGGAAGGACGACCGGGGCUCUGGGAAAUAACCAGGUUCAGAGACAUAACGGAGGUGAAGAUCUCGUCGUCACCCUUCCUCCUGCUGCGCGUCCCCUCCCUGUGCAUCAGGACGGCGUGCAGGGCCGAGGGCUUUGAGGCCAACCUGAAGACGGAGACGGGCCUCUGGGACCUGGUGAUCAGAGAGAUGUGGGCGGGCCGAAGGAUGGCCGAUCAGCAUAAGGACCCCCAGUACAUGGCCCAGGCCCUGACCAACAUGCUCCUAAUGGAUGCUGUGGCAGGUUGUCUGCACAGCCAGAGGUCAAUCGGCUCUGCCUCCAAACUGGCCUACUUCGACAGGAUCAAGCAUGAAGUGCCCAUGAUGGUGCCUGAGGCCACUUCUCAGACUCUGAAACACAAGAUCAACCCUUCACAGGACCUGGCUGAACCCCAGACUGUGCAUGUUCUGCUGUACACACCGGGCCAGCUGAGCUGCAGCGACACAGAGGAAGGCGGGAAUCCCAAGCUGUGGGUGGCACUGAGCGGGGGCCGCGUGGUGGUGUUCGACGCAGCCAGCUGGUCCAUGCUGCAGGACUGCAUCCAGGUCGGGAACGCUCAGCUGAACUGUAUGCUGGGAGUUGGACAGGACCAGGUGUGGAUUGGCUCUCAGGACUCUGUGAUCUACAUCGUCGACCCACGCAGCAUGUCUUGUAACAAGCAGCUCACAGAGCACAGGCACGAAGUCACCGGCUUCGCCGUCUACAACGAGCAGCCGUACUCCUGCAGCGCUGAGGGCAUCAUCCUGCUGUGGGACGCCUCCAGCCUCACAGUCAACCGGCAGCUGCUGCUCACAUGUGACCGGCUCUCCUCCAUACAGAUCCACAAUGGCAUGCUGUGGUGCUGUUGUGGUGACAGCAUUGUGGAGGUCAGACGGAAUGGUGCACUUCAGAGGAGGAUUUCAAUGCCUGAUGAUCUACUGACCAUGCCCAGUUGCUUCAACAGCUUUGUCCUUAUCAUGGAGCUAGGACAGUUGUGGACGGGCUGCCCAGACUCUGGAGAGCUGUGUGUGUGGCACACGUCGGACGCCAAGAGGCCCGUUAAAAGAAUCCCAUUACCGGGCAUCUCUGGAGUCAAUUGUAUGAUUAGGGUCAAAGACCAGAUCUGGGUUGGUUGCCAGGGCGACAGGGUCCUCGGAGGACCGUACGGCGGCCAGCUGAGGAGCCUGGUGCUGGUGGUGGACCCCGGCAGCCACGCGGUGCAGAAGGAGCUGCAGGCCCACUCGGACACCAUCCACACCCUGUGCUCUGCGGAGCACCGCUACGUCCUCAGCGGCUCCGGGCGCCGCGACGGCAAGAUCGCCAUCUGGAAGGUUGACUAGAGGGGGGUGGCGACGAGAGAUGAACUGACAUGCAUAGUUUUGAACAAAAGAAUGGACCUUGAGGAAGGAGAUGAUGGUGUUUUCUGAGAGCAGCUUGAUUUAUUUUUAGGAUUGGAUACUUGAUGAUCUUUGGCUGAUCAUUCACUUCAGUGAGGCGUUGAAGUAAAAUACCUUGAAAAGCAGAAAAGGGAUUCAUGAAAAAAAGCAGAGACCUUUUCUUUGUGCUUUAAAUCACAUCCAGCAACGAGAAAGACCAAAGGCAACGGAGGAGGAUGAUUGUCAACUAUUACAAAUGUACUUUUUGAAAUGAAAAUUAAGUAAUUCAUUCAUGAUUUUCACAUCUGCUCCUAAAUAGUUAGUAUGAAGUCAUAGUGCCUCAGUCUUUUGUAAGCAGUAUUUAUCAUCAUAAUAAAUGUCAGGGAAGGACAGUGUAUUGAAAGUUAAAGAAAGGUCUUUCAUGCAUGAGCUCAAUAAAUGACGAGAAAAAGUUG